CCCGCCGGAGCCGGGGAGCUGCGGGCCGGCCUGGCCGCUGGCCGCCUGCGGGCGCUGGGGGCGCCGUUGCGGAGCGCGGGGCGGGGGCGGCCGGGGCGGCGCGGAGACGCCCCCGCGCCGAGCGCCGCCCCGCUGGCUGCCUGGCUGUUGCUCGCCCGGCCGGGCCGUCGGAAGCGGAGCGGAGCCAGGAGCGGCGGCCGGCCAUGGAGCAGGGCGCGCCCCGCCGCCAGCCGCGCCUCUGCCAGAUGCUACGCGGCGAGCAGGGCUACGGCUUCCACCUGCACGGCGAGAAGGGCAAGAGCGGCCAGUUCAUCCGCAAGGUCGAGUCCGGCUCGCCGGCCGAGGCGGCGGGGCUGCGCGCCGGGGACCGCCUGCUCGAAGUCAACGGCGUCAACGUGGAGAAGGAGACGCACCACCAGGUUGUGCAGCGCAUCAAAGCAAUUGAAACCGAGACCCAGUUGCUGGUGGUGGACAAAGAGACUGAUGAGCAUUUCCGGAGUCUCCGCCUGACCUGCUCCGAGGAGGCGGGGCGGCCGGUCAUGAUGGCAAACCCUGAAGUGCCACCAGCCAAAGGGCCCAAUUCCAGCAACGGAGACUCCUGGAAGGCUCCAGCCGAGCUGAGCAGCAGGAGCCUGAAAAGGCACAAGCACAGUUUAGGUUCGGAGAGUGGGAAGAAGGAUCUGAAUGGGCAGGCCAAGGAGCCUUUGGGGCCCCGACUUUGCCACCUCAAGAAAGGGCCCAAUGGCUAUGGGUUCAACCUGCACAGCGAGAAGUCCAGGCCUGGCCAGUUCAUCCGCUCGGUGGAUCCAGAUUCCCCGGCAUUCAAGGCGGGUCUCCGGCCACAAGACAGACUUGUGGAGGUCAAUGGGAUCAAUGUGGAAGGCAUGAGGCAUUCAGAAGUUGUGGCUCACAUCAAGUCUAAGGAAAACGAAACAAGGUUGCUGGUAGUGGACCCUGCCACAGAUGAACAUUUCAAGAAACGUGGUGUCGCUCCUGCUGAAGAACACAUUCGAGGGGGAAUUCCUCCACCUAUGACGAAUGGGUCAGCGCAAACACAGCUGAAUGGCGGAUCCAUGUCUUCGUCUCACAGCGAUUGCCAAAGUCCUGACGAGGCUGAGGUGAGAGAGGCGAAAAAGAAAGAUCCCUUUGAAGAAAGUGGGUUGAACCUGAGUCCCACCGCAGCGGAAGCCAAAGAGAGAGUGCGUGCCAAGAGGGUGAACAAGAGGGCGCCUCAGAUGGACUGGAACAAGAAGCGGGAGAUAUUCAGCAACUUCUGAACCCACCGAGGGGCCCGUUUCGCUUCUGGCUCCUCCUGCACGGAGACAUUUGCAAGGUGCACAACUUGUGGCCCACCCCAAUGGACAGGGCCACAACGCACUCCAUGCGCCACAUUUUUUCCACAGGCAAGGCGGAUUCAUUCUGAUGGCGGCUAGUGAAAGGGAAGGCGAAGAAGGUGGGAGGGAGAGAGAAAAACCCCUUGCAGUUUGUAUUAAUUAUGGAUCAUUUAACUGGCAAUAUUAGAAUAUAUUAUUUAUAGGACCAUUUUUAUAUAAGGAAUUGUUUGAGUUGCUUUUUUUCCCCAUUUGCAUUUAAGAUAUUUGAAAAUAUUUUUACAUUCCAAAUCAGCACCUUUCCUUUCCAUUUAGCUGAAAGCUAGAGUUUCUACUACUAUGGACUGCAGUGUUAACAACUUCAGAAAUGGAUUAGCCAAUUGUUCCUUGAUUGUGACUCUUUUGGUUCUAAGUUUGGAGUUUAUUUUUUCCAUACUUUAUCUUCAGUACUUUAUUUUUUUCAGUACUUUAUUCAGUUAGCCCUUGAAAUUCCCUUGUUUUUAGCAUAGCAGAUCUUUUUCUUUCCAGUCCUUUUUCAGGCCCAUAACUUAGCAAGUACAAGAUUUUUAUGUUACAAAAUACCACAGACAAUUACAAGGACAGAGAUCAGCAGCAGUCAAGUCCACAUCUUAAGGACCCCUGUGUGAAACCUGUCAUUUAUUAAGGGAUUGCAAUCUGAAUUCAUUUUUGUUAUAACAGAGUUGCUCAAUAAUGAAAUGGGUGGCCUAUAAAGUUAUAAAAUAAAGAAAUAGAAUACACUUUUUAGUGAGACUUGAGAGACGUAUGAGAAAAAAGUUCUUCCAAGAAUGAAGUUCUUGCUGGUAAGCAGGAAACAUCUCAAGGUGAAUUUUAUCUCUAUUAUUUUUAGGGCAUUAAAAAAAAUCUUACAGUUCUUUGAUUUUGCUGAUCUUUCAGGAGCUGUGAGGCAGCCAGCUUCUCUUUCAGCUUGCACAGUCUAAAGUAGAAGCCUUUUUCUGUCCCUAAGAUGUUGGCAGGGUUUGGCCUCAGGUGGGACUAAUCUUCACACACGUGGUAAACAUGAUUGUGAAUUUGGUGUGAUCUCUCUAGCUCUUACACGGCUGCUGUUAGAUACUGGUGGGUCUGCUCUCCCGCAAAGAACAUCCUGGCCCAUCAGCUCCAGAGCUGUUCAUUUCUGCCUAACUCAGUGAAGGCUCAACAUCCAGAGACAGUGGGCAAUGAGGGGUUCCUGAGACUCUGUGACUAAAUCUGGUGGUCAUCAUUGGCCACUGACCGUUCCGAGGGGGCGAGAGAAUGGAACCCACACGGAAGCUCUUACAUCUAGGCCUUUUAGGCAAGGAGUAUUUUUAUUCCAUCUUUAUUCCUGGCGGGAUAUUUAUCGUGGGAAAUUUCUGCUGCAUAUGCCAACAUGCCUUGGAGCCAGGUCAGGACAGAGCAGGCAAAUUUGGAAUUUCCCACCAAAUUGAUUCUCUUGGUGGGAAUGUGGUUUCUGGUGUUUCUGAACAGCAUAAAAUCAAGGCAAAUAUUUCCAAGUAAUUUCUGCAGAACUCUCUUGCCCAUAAAAAUGCCACUAAGAGUUCUGGACACAAAGUGGAGGUCACUCUAGAAGGAAGUACAGGUCCCAACAUUUUGGUGAUGCCCCAGACACUUCCAGAUGAGCUACCAAAUUGGAAGGAUUAAUUUGGCAGGAGGGAUAUGUGGCAAGUCAGAAAUAAUCUUAACCACAUAGAGCCUUUUUUAAACCUACAUAUAAUUGAGUUAAUGAAUGAGCCCUACCCGCCUUCAUUUGGUGGGGGCAGCCUCUUAAAGGCUGAAGGUGGUCUUUGGCAUGGAAGAAACUGCUCACCAGAAAAGGGUGCCCUGAGCAGGAAGGGAAGGGCCUCACAGCUUUGUUAAUGAGGAAAGGAAAAGGGCAGGGAUGGGUCUCCGUGCCUUCUUCCCUAGGAAAAGGAACAACCUUUUUGUCUUUUUAAAAAAAGGGCUAAGAAGCUAGCUGAAUGGGAUGUGGUUUUUCCCCUUUUUUUAAAAAAGCAGAGGGCAUAUAAACAAGGAAUUGCCCUGCCCUUUUUGUGUACAAACUGUCCUCCGGUGCUCCAGAAGGGAAGGCAGGGGAGAGGGAUGUUUUUGCAUGUUGUAAAUAAACAAAUUUGGGGCUUUAUGAAUAUUUUGCAAAUGGUGGACUUGAAGUUUGCUUAGUUUAUUCUCCCUUUGAAAAAAAGGUAGUGGCUGAGCAAUUGCAGCAUUUCUUUCCGGAGGGACCUUUUGUUCAGGCACUGCCUGGGUUGACUGAAAGGCCCUUUAAGAGUCCUGGGCCAGACCAAGGGCUCUGAUGCUGUGAAGAGGCUUCAGAUAUUGGAUAUAUUUGAGUUUGCGAUUCAUUUGCACCCCUUAUGCCAGGCUCCACUGUCUAAUUACACCCCUAGGAGUUGGGCUUCAACCACAGGAAGAAAUAUUGCAAGAGAAUCAAAUUCCAGAUUUGGCUCUCCUGUUAAAGAAACCAGGAAGCUUCCAGUGAGAACUUUUUAGGGGUGGGACAGAUGGUAAGUUGCAAUUCACACCUCACCCUUUCUUGUUUUCCUCCAGUGAAUCUGAUUGUAGAAGAUGGGAUUAUUUUUGAAAGGACACAGAACUUUGUUUUGUGGCUUGUAGAAAGGUGAAAUCCAGGUGGAGAGAGGGAAGGCUUGGUGGGGGUCCCAUCCACCCUUUAGGGCUGGUAGGCACCUGUCAGUUAGGCAGCAAGCAAUGCCUGUCAUUUUUGAAGUUUAUCUCUCCAGCUUGUACACCUUGAGGCUCUCCAGAAGUGUUGGGGGUAGAGUGUCCUUAAUGCCUUAUUGGUUGAGAAUGAUGAGUAGUGCAUUUCUACUUAUAUAGGGAAGGUCCCAAUUUGGGAUAGAUUAAACAAAAAUUUUGGAUUUAAAAAACUACAUUUCAGAUUAUUGAUUCCAUUAAUCUUUGGCUUCACCAUUGUCCACGCAGGAUGUCAAGGAUUGAUAAAGAUCACAGAAGCUGGCGCCUCGAACAUCACUGUUUAAAGGUUUUUUUUUAAAUUUAGGAACACGGGGUGUUUUCCAAGAAGUCAAGAUGGCAGCCAAAGCCCCACCCCUUUCCAUGGGUGACAUAUGUAAAAGGAGGCACAGCUUCCAUUGCACAGCUCUUCCUGCCAUCUUCAGUUUUUCUUUCCUGCCCCCCCCCAACUGGUGCCCUGCCUGAACCCACUUAUGAGCAGGGAGGAAAAUGUCACUGCAGUUCAUUUUCAUUCUGCGAUGAUUCACCACCACAUUCCAAAUUAUUUUAAUAGCUGUCCUGCUGUGAGUGAUUAAAGGAUGGAGGCAUAAAGUGUGGCAUGAUAAUGUGCAUACUGUAAGGCUAUAGAAAUCCCGCCCCUUCCAGUUUACGGUUGCAGGAGUCCCCCUUUGCCUCUGCUUGGAUGUCCCCAUUUCUGCUAGGCUCCCCCCCCCAGGCUUGAUGAUGUCCAGCUGAUCUCAUGGGGGGAACUGGAGCCGCCACAACAGGGAGCUGGAGACGUUGACGGGUGCCAAUGUGGAAGGGGCAUCUUUUGGGGGAGGUGUGCAUUUUUAAAAUGUGUGUGGGGAAACUGGUAUUAAGGUGAAAAAUCUUCAGGUGGUUCGCAUGGCUUACAUUGAAAAUGUUUUUUGAGUCACCUUUUUUGGUUUGUUGUCAGAACUGCUUGGCUUCAUUGUUUUAUGGAAUUGCUUUAUGGAAUUGGAGACAUCGGGGCAAAAGGCAGGCACCAGCCUUGUGGCAUUUUUCUCCAGAAGACAAGUGUGCGGGUGCCAACCUAAGAAAGGGCUUUGUUAGUUUUCCAGACUGACAGUGGGUGGGAUGAAGGCCCCACGUGAGCCCAGCGAUUGCCCCGACCUGUCGCCUGCGUUAUUCCCAAAGGGGAAUAACUUCUGCCCUCUGCUUCCCGGAAUGAUGCUGGUGGAUAAAAGCACACCCUUCCUUCUUUUUCUGCCAUCAUGCCAGCUCUGUAACUUGAUUUCUGCACAUUUUAGAAAUUCUCUCACAAAAACUGACAAAAAGAACUCUUUUAAUUGCAUUGUGUUUAAAAACGUAUACUACAAUGUCAAUAAUAAAACUGGUUUCUCAUGGACAGCAAA